CCAGAUUGCAGAACGAAACGUUGGAAUUACUCAUUUCAAUAUCGCUGAGAUUUUACAAAUAUAAUUUUUUUACAAAUGUCUACUUCUCACUCGGCGCCCAAAUAUUAUAGAACUAUUCUGUCAAAUCUUGACUACAGUUCAUUUGUUUUAUUUUGCAAUCGAAUUAAAUUAACAAAGAAACUAUGUAAUUGGCACAAUCAUCGUGUUUCCACUCUCCGUUGUCUGCAACAGAAUGCGUAUCUUAAAUUCGUAGCUGCCCAGUCACCUGACAACUUCAGUAGGUCGAAUAAAGCAGCUGAAUUUUCAGAAAGAAGACAAAGUAAUAAGUUUGACAGGGUUGUUCAACUAAACUCUAAUCCUAAACACCAUAAUUUUGAAAAUACGUCUAAUCAUAAAAUUCCAGAUACUAACAGUUUGAACAGACAUGAAGGUGUGAUGUUAGAUGACGCAUAGGAAAUACUGAGUAAUAAAUAAGAAUGGAUAUGUAUCACUAACUAAUAAUACUUGGUCAAAGUUUCC